GCUGCGCUUCCUAUAUAUAUAUAUUAGUACUACACUACACUACCUUGCACACUCUUCAUUUUCAUCCUCUCUCCGAUCAAUGGACCCCAUGUUUUCCGGCGACUCCUCCGCCUUAGACCCUAUGUUUUCCGGCAUCAGCCUCCACCACCUCCUCACCCUCAACCCCUCUCUCUUCCCUGACCAACAACCCAACCUCCACGCCGCCGACACCAUCAACCUUCUCACCCCAAAAUCCGAGUACCCCAACUUCGAAAACCACCAACAACAACAACUCUUCACUUCCUCCUACCCUGAUUACCCUCCUGAACAACCCUUCAACAUCUUCCCCCACUUCCAACCACCACCACCACCACAUUUCCACCACCUCCCCCAACUCCACUCGCCGGAGACUCCCUACCGGAAACGCUUCCGCCAUCAGGAGAUAGAAACCUUCUCUCCUCCUCCUCCUCCAGCACCGGCGGUGAUUCUUCAGAGCCACCUUGCCCGCCAGAGGAGGCAGAAGCUGAGCGAGAAGACACGCUGCCUGCAGAAGCUGAUGCCAUGGGACAAGAAGAUGGACCAGGGGACCCUUCUCGAAGAGGCCUACAAGUACGUCAAAUUCUUACAAGCCCAAACCUCCGUCCUUCAGUCCAUGCCCACCACCACCCGUUUCGCCGCCGCCUCCGCCGGCGGCGUUUUCGGCGAGAUGGAGAGGCUGAACAGGAGCCAGGCGUUGCAGAUUCUGGUGAACUCGCCUGUUGCUCAAACCAUGCUUUACUCAAAAGGGCUCUGUGUUUUCUCUGUUGAACAGGUUGCUUUGCUCAGAAAAUUUACAGAGAGAAAGCAGCAUCAGCAUCAGCAUCACCAUUUCCAUCAGAAUCAGAUUCAGGAGCAGGAACAGGAGCAAGAAAUGUCUGAUCAUGAUUCCUCCAAAACUUUCUUGAACUAAUUAGCAUUUGGGUUUCUGGGUAUGAAUCAAGGUGUUUCCUUUAUCAAACACCAAUUUUGGGUAGUGCAGUGCUUACUCUCUGUUUCUGUCAAUGGCUCUAGAGAAGAAUAGGGACUUUUCAUCUUCCUCUGUUUUUUUUGGGUUUUGGGUUUUUCUGCUAAUUAAUGAUCUUAAUAGUGAGAUAAUACAGUGUAAGUAUUGAAAUUAAUCUUGGUUUAACGGUUACAACUCAUCAUGUUAAUUACUGUUAAUUAGUGACUGAUGAUGACAACUUAUGCUA